AUGGAUUCAGAGGAGGACUUCAUGUCGGCUCCCUCGAGCGACGACGAGAUCAUGCAGGAUGACAGCGGCGAGGACAUGUCUGGUCCUGAUGGUAUGUAUACACCGCUCAACCGAGUCUCUCCGGCCUCAAAACCACCGACUGACGUCUUUGAUACCUCCACAGAUUUCGAUGAAGAUGACUUCGAAGACGAGCCCGAGGACCUGGGCAUGAUCAAAGACUCCGACAACAAAAAGAAGGUGGCCUAUGACAUCUCAUUCAAAGUCUACGAACCAAAGGAUAUUCAGCGUCAACAGGAUGACAUGAUUGACGAGGUCAACAUGAUCCUGAACAUCCGCAAGGAGGAUGUCGCGAUAUUGUUGCGGCACUUUAGGUGGAACAAAGAACGUUUGAUCGAGGACUACAUGGACGCUCCCAACAAGGUCUUGGAGGCUGCAGGUCUUGGCUCGAACGUGGCUGGCCCGCCCAAGCUUGAAGCCAUUCCGGGUUUCAUGUGCGACAUUUGCUGCGAAGACGAGGAGGGCCUCCAGACCUUCUCUCUUAAGUGCGGCCACAGAUACUGCGUAGACUGCUACCGCCAAUACUUGACUCAAAAGAUUCGCGAAGAAGGCGAGGCGGCUCGUAUCCAGUGUCCGGCCGAGGGCUGCGGCCGCAUCAUCGAUUCAAAGUCCUUGGAUCUGCUCGUUGCAGCCGAUCUCAACUCCCGAUACCACGAGCUGUUAAAUCGGACGUACGUGGAGGACAAGGAGAUCCUGAAGUGGUGCCCUGCACCCGACUGCCCAAAUGCCGUGGAAUGCGCCAUUAAGAAGAAGGACUUGGACAGAAUCGUUCCCACAGUAGCAUGCGGUUGCGGUCACCGCUUCUGCUUUGGUUGCAUUUUAACUGACCAUCAGCCUGCUCCCUGUGAGCUUGUCAAGCGAUGGCUGAAGAAAUGCGCAGACGAUUCGGAGACUGCAAAUUGGAUAUCGGCCAAUACCAAGGAGUGCCCCAAGUGCAACUCGACAAUCGAGAAGAACGGCGGCUGCAACCACAUGACAUGCCGAAAGUGCAAGCAUGAGUUCUGCUGGAUGUGCAUGGGCUUAUGGUCGGAGCACGGCACGAGCUGGUACAACUGCAAUCGUUUCGAGGAAAAGAGUGGUACAGAUGCGCGUGAUGCCCAGGCCAAGUCCCGCAUAUCGCUAGAACGCUACCUGCAUUACUACAACCGAUACGCCAAUCACGAACAGUCUGCCAAGCUAGACAAAGACAUUUACCAUAAGACGGAGAAGAAGAUGGUCCAGCUUCAGACAGCCUCAGGCAUGUCUUGGAUUGAGGUUCAAUACCUGAACCAGGCCUCACAGACACUGCAAACUUGCCGGCAGACUCUUAAGUGGACCUACGCCUUCGCAUUUUAUUUGGCGCGUAACAACUUGACCGAAAUUUUUGAAGAUAACCAAAAGGACCUUGAGAUGGCUGUCGAGGCCUUGUCAGAGAUGUUUGAGAAGCCCGUCCAGGAGCUCUGUGACAAGAAGUUGAAAGUCGACAUUAUGGACAAGACUUCAUACUGCAAGAAGCGAAGGAUUAUCUUGCUUGAAGACACUGCAGACAACCUGGCCAAUGGACGUUGGACAUUUAACGUAGAUCUUCACGGACCUUCACCAGUCGGUGCCACAAGCAGUCGUCGUCAGUAG